AAUAAAUAAAAAGAAAUUAUUAAAACGCAAUACCCUCAGUCGGGUUUCUCGUAAUAAAAGGAUCCUGCAAUUUCCCUAUAGCCUUUGUAGAGGUUUCAAAGCGAGAGAUUUCUAGAACGGCAAAGCCACCUCUUCCUUCUCUUUGUUUCUAAGGUUACUGCAUAGUUUUGUGAGGGGAUUACACCAAGUUAUCCAAUAAAUCAGUAAAAUUUUGGCUAAAAUGAGUGUAGUUGGAUUCGAUUUUGGUAAUGAGAGCUGCAUUGUUGCUGUUGCAAGGCAAAGAGGGAUUGAUGUUGUGCUUAAUGAUGAAUCAAAGCGUGAAACUCCUGCCAUUGUGUGCUUCGGCGACAAACAGCGGUUCAUUGGGACUGCAGGGGCUGCCUCAACUAUGAUGAACCCCAAAAACUCUAUAUCGCAGAUUAAGCGGCUAAUUGGCCGUCAAUUUUCUGAUCCAGAGUUGCAAAAGGAUCUCAAGUCUUUACCCUUUGCUGUAAGUGAGGGUCCUGAUGGGUUCCCUUUGAUUCAUGCACGGUACUUGGGUGAAAUGAGAACGUUUACACCAACCCAAGUUUUGGGGAUGGUUUUGUCAAAUUUGAAAGGCAUAGCCGAAAAGAAUCUAAAUGCAGCAGUGGUAGAUUGCUGCAUUGGAAUUCCAGCUUAUUUCACUGACCUUCAAAGAAGGGCUGUUCUGGAUGCAGCUACAAUUGCAGGAUUGCAUCCUCUACGAUUGAUUCAUGAAACCACAGCUACAGCACUGGCUUAUGGUAUUUAUAAGACUGAUUUGCCUGAGAAUGACCAAUUGAAUGUUGCUUUUGUUGAUGUUGGACAUGCAAGCAUGCAAGUGUGCAUUGCUGGAUUCAGAAAAGGCCAACUGAAGAUAUUGGCUCAUUCUUUUGAUAGAUCUUUGGGUGGUAGGGACUUUGAUGAGGUUCUGUUUAAUCACUUUGCUGCAAAGUUCAAGGACGAGUAUAAAAUUGAUGUUCUCCAGAAUGCUAGGGCUUCUCUUCGGCUCAGGGCUGCAUGUGAGAAGCUGAAGAAGGUUCUUAGUGCUAACCCUGAGGCACCACUUAAUAUUGAGUGCUUAAUGGACGAAAAGGAUGUUAGAGGCUUCAUUAAGAGGGAUGAGUUCGAGCAGAUUAGUGUGCCUAUUCUGGAACGUGUCAAGAGGCCUUUGGAGAAGGCACUUCAAGAUGCUAAACUGACAGUUGAUAAUGUUCACAUGGUUGAGGUGGUUGGUUCUGGCUCUCGUAUUCCUGCUAUAAUCAAGAUAUUGUCCGAGUUCUUUGGAAAGGAGCCUAGGCGGACAAUGAAUGCAAGUGAGUGUGUUGCCAGAGGCUGUGCUUUGCAGUGUGCCAUCCUAAGCCCCACAUUCAAAGUGAGAGAGUUCCAGGUCAAUGAGAGCUUCCCAUUUACUAUUGCAUUAUCAUGGAAAGGUGCUGCUCCAGAUUCUCAAAAUGGAGCAGCUGAUAAUCAGCAAAGCACCAUUGUGUUCCCCAAGGGAAAUCCGAUACCUAGUGUUAAGGCUUUAACAUUCUACAGGUCAGGGACAUUCACUGUUGAUGUACAGUAUGCUGAUGUGAGUGAACUGCAGGUUCCUGCUAAGAUCAGUACAUAUACGAUUGGUCCCUUCCAGUCUUCAACAAGCGAUAGAGCGAAAGUGAAAGUGAAAGUUCGUCUAAAUCUGCAUGGAAUUGUGGCUGUCGAGUCAGCUACGCUUUUGGAGGAAGAAGAGGUUGAAGUCCCAGUGACAAAAGAGCCAGCAAAGGAAGAAAAAAUGGACACCGAUGAAGCUUCGAAUGAAGCAACUCCUCCUAGUUCUAAUGAUGCCGAUGUCAAUAUGCAAGAUGCAAAGGGAACUGGUGAUGCUUCUGGGGCUGAAAAUGGUGUUCCUGAGUCAGGAGACAAACCCACACAAAUGGAAACAGAGACCAAGGUUGAAGUUCCAAAGAAGAAAGUAAAGAAGACAAAUAUACCAGUGGCAGAGGUAGUUUAUGGUGGACUGCCACCAGCAGAUGUGCAGAAAGCAGUAGAGAAGGAGUUUGAAAUGGCAUUGCAAGAUCGGGUUAUGGAGGAAACCAAAGACAAGAAAAAUGCUGUUGAAGCGUAUGUCUAUGAUAUGAGAAACAAGCUUAGCGACAAAUAUCAGGAGUUUGUCACUGAUCCAGAGAGGGAAGAUUUCACAGCCAAACUGCAGGAAACAGAAGAUUGGUUGUAUGAAGAUGGUGAGGACGAAACUAAAGGUGUUUACAUAGCCAAACUUGAAGAGCUCAAAAAGCAAGGUGAUCCCAUUGAGGAGCGCUACAAGGAGCACAUGGAAAGGGGAUCUGUAAUUGAUCAACUUGGUUAUUGUAUUAAUAGUUACAGAGAGGCAGCUGUGUCGAGUGAUCCUAAAUUUGAUCACAUUGACUUAGCUGAAAAGCAGAAGGUAUUGAAUGAGUGUGUAGAAGCAGAAUCCUGGUUAAGAGAGAAAAAGCAACAGCAGGACUCUCUUCCUAAAUAUGCCAGUCCAGUUCUAUUGUCAGCUGAUGUGAGAAGGAAGGCAGAAGCACUUGACCGGUUUUGUAGGCCAAUAAUGACAAAGCCAAAACCUGCUAAACCAUCCACUCCUGAGACACCAGCAACACCUCCACCUCAAGGAGGUGAACAGCAACCAGAGGGUGGAGAGGCUGCAAAUGCAAACGAGAAUACUGGAGCUGGUGAGGUUCCACCAGCUUCUGGAGAACCAAUGGAGACUGAUAAGUCCGAUACAACUGGUGCUGCAUAAUUUAUCAGUUGAAAUUUGGUAAUUUGCUUCAUAAUGUGUAAGAAUUGAGCCUCAGAUGAACUCUUUGAUGGGCUGACAUGAGGGAGAAGGCAUACGGGAUGUUUGGCAAACUUUGAUUUUAUCUGUAAAAGCCUUUUUCUGUUUGUUAAGUCUAUCAAAUUUUAUUAUUUAUCAGUCGGUCUAGAAUCCGGUUUUUUUUGAAGGAAGGAUUUGGAGGACUUUUACAAUUCUACCCAAAUGUUGGUAUGGGGUAGAAAUACUCUUUCAAAUGUCUACUAUUUUUUUGAUUUGUAGGAUAUGUCUCGUUUUUACCAAUGUCAUUUUGGGUCUUGAUUUUGCUACUUUUCAUUCUUUGGUAAGAUGUUCGUGUUUUCCAUUUUUGGGUUCACGAUUUGGGCACA